AGAUCGUUCGGUUGCUUCUGCAGCCCGGGGGCGGGGCCCGAAGCGCCUCGGCCCUUUCCGGCGGGGCCUCCUGUGCUGUGCCAUGCGGCUGCUCCUGCGGGUGCUCCGCGCGGCGCGAGGGCUGGUGCCGGCCGGGGCCGGGGCCGGGGCCGGGGUCAGUCUCGGAGGGAAGCAGCCCUGGCGGCCGCUGAGCGCCGCGCCCGACCUGACGGAGCUGUUCGCGGCGCCGGGGCUGCCCCGGCUGCUGGAGGCGCGGGCGGGCAACGCGGAGCUGGCGGCGCGGAUACAGCGGCUGCGGGCUAAGGAGCAGGAGCUGCGAGAGACACAGGAGCUGGUGCGCUCAGAUGAAAAUGAAGAUUUGCGUAAGCUUGCUGAAAAGGAAAUCAUUUCUUGCCAGGAAGAGGUAGCUGAACUGAAACGCCAGAUAGUAUUGCUUUUGAUUCCUUCAGAAGAAAUGGACAACAAUGACCUUGUCAUGGAAUUAGCUGCUGGAGUUGGAGGACAAGAAGCCAUGCUAUUCACUGCAGAUAUAUUUGAUAUGUAUCAACAGUAUGCUGCUUAUAAAAGCUGGAGCUUUGAAAUACUGGAAUACUUUCCCAGUGAAAUAGGUGGCUUGAGACAUGCAGUAGCCAGCAUAGCAGGUCCUGAAGCAUACAAGAACCUGAAGUUUGAAGGAGGAGUGCAUCGUGUUCAGCGAGUGCCAAAGACAGAGAGGCAGGGACGUAUUCACACCAGCACAAUGACUGUUGCAAUAUUACCCCAACCCACUGAGAUUGAUCUGUCAAUUGAUCCGAAAGAUUUACGAAUUGAAACUAAGCGAGCCAGUGGAGCUGGAGGCCAGCAUGUAAAUAAAACGGAGAGUGCUGUGCGGAUUGUCCAUAUUCCAACAGGUGUGGUGGCUGAAUGCCAAGAACAAAGAUCUCAGUUGAAAAACAAAGAGAAGGCUAUGAAAGUACUUCACGCUAAACUGUAUAAUAUCCAGGUGGAAGAAGUAACAAGAAAGAGAUGCAGUACCCGAAAGAUUCAGAUUGGGACCAGAGGAAGAUCUGAGAAGAUCAGAACAUACAACUACCCACAGGAUCGGGUGACUGACCACCGGAUAAGCAGAUCAGUGCAUCACAUUGAAAAAUUCCUGUUAGGGGACGAAUUGCUAGAUGAAAUGAUAAAAUCCCUGAGGGAAUAUGCUGAUUAUGAAUCUUUAAUGGAAAUUAUUUCAGCAAACGAACAAACAAAACUUACCUGAACUUUGUGCUUUGCCAAGCCCUGGUAUGAAUGCUUACCCAAAUCAGCUGCACAACAGCUUGCUGCAGCAUCAUACAAAAGGUAUAAGUGGCUUUUUAGUUCAUGAAAAAGGACCAUCUCCUCACUAUUUAUAGUCAGUUCUUCCACUUGUUGAAGUAGAAGACUGUAGUGUCUUUGUACUAAAACAUUGUUGUUACAGUGUUGAAAACUUAAAGUAAAAUGACUGAGUACAAAGUGACUGCCGGUUUUGUAUCCUCCAGUGAAAAGACACUGCUACUCCACUCUCAAAAGGGAUGCAGAAAAAAAUGCAUUAUUUCAUGCUUCAGGCUUCAUCUAAGUCAUAGCCUAAAAGCCAGGUCGUUAAAAAAACAAACAAAAAAACUACACACAAAUUACCCUGUUUUUUCUGAAUAAUUUUAUAUAAAAUGGUUGCUAAAUGCCCUCUACAAAUCCAGACAAGAUGUAAAUAAGAAUUCUUAAGAUUUUGAAUGGGGUUGAGGAGUAAAGGGUUAUUUUAAAAUACUUCCUUUAUGUCUUUUUCCUUCAUCCACUCCUUUGUUUCCUUUGGCUUCUAAAUAGACAGCUAAAAUAGACUUCGAGAUAAGUCUUUUCUUUUCUUGAAUCCUUAGAGUAUUUCAGUUGCAGUUUGACAUCCAGUCUAUUUCUUAGUUGUCGGUUUUAAUUACAGAAAUGUUAAAUUGGGUGUGGACUGUUUUUCCUUUUCUGUGACUUUCAGCUAUGUGUAUAAACAGUCUGAUUUGUACGUGUGAAGGAAACCUUGCUUUUCUGAUCUACUAACGUACAGUUGUAUACAAUUAAAUAGUGGAUAUAUGGGAAGCAUUGAAUACAUGUUUGCAUGCAGUGUAUAUUUAAACACUGUAAUAUGACAAUCUGAAACCAAUAGUGUAAAAGAUCCAAAAUGUUAUUACCAUACUAUAUCACCAUGCAUUGCAUAUAUAAUAAAAUCUAUAAGCCAAUGAAAGAAUCAUAUCCUGAGUCAGGGCUGUCCAACUUCUCACAAAUUGUUAGAGAGAAGUUCAGGCCGGACAGCAGGAAACAUUACUUUAUGGUUAGGGCUGCCAGGCUCUGGAAUGGGCUCCCAAGUGAGGUGAUACUCUCUCCUACCUUGGGGUCUUCAAGAGGAGGCUGGACAGAUAUUUGACUGGGGUGAUAUGACCCCAGUACCCGUUCCUGCCCAGGGCAGGGGGUCGGACCUGAUGAUCUCUUUAGGUCCCUUCCAACCCUAAGCACUAUAAUACUAAGUCAUAGGCCAAAUUUGGUCAUGGGCCAAAUGCCCUAUGGGCUGCACCAUCAUGGACUGCGUGCCCAGGGCCACACCAGGAUGAAUCCACAGACCUUUGGGCAGUAUACCAUGCAGCCACCUCCCACCCAUGUGGGUGUCCAACCCCACUGCUGCACCACAUGCCCAUGUGGGAGUCCCCUUCACGCCGCAUGGAACUGCAUGCCCAUGCAGCCCUAGGCUCAUCUUGAAAUUAACAGUGUAGUUUUUCUAAAAGGUUAGGAAAUGGAUUUGUUUUGGAUGCUUUGGAUAGGAAUGAUCUUGCCUCAGGCAGGGGGUUGGACUAGACCUCUGGAGGGCAGUUCAAGCCCUACUUCUUUCUGAUUCUAUAAAUCCCCACACUGCACUGUCCUUUCACCUGAGGUGAGACAGGAAGUGGAAGCUGGGAGGGAGAGGGAGCCUGGAGACUCCAGUUGCAAAAACAGCCAGGGAUAGGAGGAGUGUUAGCUGGCCUGGUAGCCCAGGCUGCAGCUUACCCUCAAUUGGACAGCCCUAUCCUAAGGAAAGGUGUAGCUAUGGGUAAAAAUAUUUACUUCAGAUUUCUGUUUAAAGAGUUCACCAUGACAUAGAAUAAAAGCAAACACAUGCAGCAGUGUUUGCUAAAUGUUGCUUAUACAACUGGACAAUGUAGUGCUGCUUCUGUAGUCCAGCGAGUGGGACCCAACGUGGGAGGGUGCUGCUGCUGCUCCCCUCAGACAGAUUGUGCUGCCCUCCACACCACCUCCCCUCUGGGGUAGAGCCGUGGUCUGGCAUGCGAGCAGCUGGCAGUAGGAAGAGAUGAGGGCAGCACCCCCCUCCUUCCCCUGCCCUGAUCCAUUAUUCCUUGUGCUACUGGCAACACGGCUGGCACAGGGGCUCCAGGGGGCACUGGCAACAAGUCUCGCCACCCCACCGCACCCUCCCACGCUGGGUCCCACUCGCUGGACUACAGAAGCAGCUCUUGUCUGUGUCGGUCUGGCCAGGCUGCAGCCCCAUUGUCCAGUCCUGAGAAGUGUGGUCAUGCCCACAUGCUUCUGCACUGCAUGCUCUGGAUGUUGAAAAAGUUUGUGUGACUUGGGUAGGUGAAACGUUGCUAGUUGAUGCUUUUUGGCAUAUCGUGUGCGUAGGCUGUGUUUUCGUGGCAGCAGUGCCCAGCACAGUCUGACAAUUUAGACUUGCUUAAAGUUCUGUGGUAGAUCUACUCAUUCAGCCUUACCAUCUCUGUUAUGCAAAUAAGUUUGGGGUCUUCUAAUUGGUCUGGCAGCAUAACUGUUACUGCCUGACCAUUUUCAAAUUCCAUCCCAUUCUCUGGCAUCUGGGAUGAAGAAACGAUUUUUUUAAAACUGUUUUGUGUCUUCAUUCUUAUUUGGGAUACAGUUUCCUGAGCUGUGAGAUGAGUCUGGCCCCUGGCACACGUUACAUCUGUUGUGUGAUUCAUGGGGGUUGUGUGUGUCAAAUGGUAUUAUGUAAAUAGCUUUAUCUAUCACCCAGCAGAAGGCAUUGUUUUCACAGACUUUCUAGAAAAACAAAAUGAAUUGGGAAUUUUAUGGAUUGCUUUGUCAUCCCAUCCUCUCCCAAUGGAUAGAUGGAUAGUAAUAAAACUACAAAUGACCAAAUUAUAAGGAAUCUGGUCGUAUCCUACCUGACACCAUAUGCCAACCUGCUCAUUCUUCCAUUUGUUAAAGCUAAGAUAAAAAUAAGGAAAUGCUAAUGGGAACAUCCCAGACUGAUGCAUCCAAAAGCAAAUGGGAAAAAAUACUCUUUUUUUUUUUCCCCCUUUUCGGGUGAGGGGGGAAGAAGGAUAAAAGGAAGGAAUUUUACCCCCAGUCAGAUUGGUAAAGACUGGGGAUUUUUGCCUUGCUCUGUCGGGUGUGGCUGUCUACCCAGGACCAUUUGAGCAUAUAUUGGUGAUUCUAAUAUUAAUAAAGCCUUAAUCUGUC